AUGAAGCUCUCUACUAUGGAACGGGACGUGCCAGAGAAAGGCUCGUGGGGUGCUGGGUCAUUGCACUCCAAGUUCUCGUCUCGGAUUUCAACGUCCCCUCAGAUCAGGAGAGCAGCACGCCAAAAGAUGAAAGCUUCGAACACAACAGAGGGUCCAGAGGAGAGUUUGCUGCCCAGCCAUGAUGAUCAGUCCAACUGUGAUAUUGGAGACGGAGCAACCGCGGUCUCAUCCCCAGUCCCAGAAAACGCCAAUGCAAAGCCCCAGGACAAACAAAAACGUGCAUCCAAAGCUCUCAUGACCUACACAAAAGGCCGAAAGGCCAAAAGGCUGGCAGUGAAGGAAAAAAGCUCCAGUAGUCAUCAAUUGCCACUGGCAAUGAACCCUCUUAUCGCUGCGAGUGCAACUUACACAAAAUUAGGCCCAAUGGACAUUACAGACACUCCAGGUGAACACCCAAUUGCACCGACUGAUGACCAGCCAAAGAAUUCCCGUGGUCUAAAAGCCCUGGGAAGAGGAAAACAAAUGGGACAGAAGCUGAACCUCGCCUUUCAAGAUUUGGUUGAUGAAGACAAUGCAUCUAUUUCCGAUGAUUCUAUGGCGUCGGACAACACAGAUCAGGCUGACAGUACCUUCGAGCCUCCGUCCAAGCAAUCUCCGACCGGCUCUGUCUUUCGUGGUCGUUCCCAACUGAUGAGCUCGCCUGAUUAUGCCGCUGUCCAGUUAACUUCUGACCGUGAGGCCACUCCUACGGCUUCCAAGCAACAGAGUUCUUCUUUUCAAACCAAUGGAUCACAGGAGCCAUUUUAUACUGCGUACACUAACCAUUUCAUACCAAGCUCCGAAAGCACCCCCGAGUCACAAAGGCCUCUGCUUGCCACGCAAUCUUCUACUGAAGAGACAGGUUCUGGCCCGAAGAUCCACAGAUCAAUGCCGAAAAACAGCAUUGUUGACCAGAACGGGAGUCCUCGCCUUCUGCCUCAAGAAGACACGUAUCUUGUACAGAACCCUAGCAUGAUCGACGCUGAAUCCCGGGCAGGGCACAUUCUUCCACACAGCAACGAGAUAGAGACGGCGGAUGAUUGGGGAAAGUCUCAAUCAUCGCAGUCUACCCAGUUGAUGUGCACUUUCCAUCGGCAGAUUUCCUUGAACUAUUACCCUCUCGACUGUGGAAAGGAAGAAAUCCCGAAGCGAUUGACCGAAGGCACGCUCUUCGGGCCUCCUCUCUACCUCAAAUGGCGCCCCAGUGCAAGCCGUCCGGUUCGGAAUGAUGAUGGCAACCAAGUUGAGCCCCCAGCCAUUGCGCCAGAACCAAGAACACCCAUACCAAAUUACAGACGAGAUAAUGCUGCGACCAUGUCUGCCUCCUCUCUUCCCCAACUGGAAUCCUCACUGUACGAUCAAAUAAUAGAAUGGAUGGCUUCUCUGCAGGAGGCGCAGAGAUCUGUGACUGAACUCACGCUGGAGACAAAUCAACGUAUUACCCGUCAACUGGAAGAGGAGAGAGAGGCCAUUGCCUUCGUGCUGGACGAGUACCAUGAAGAGUCGCGGAGGGCGCUGGAUCGACUGUUUCAGAUGCAGCAUGCACAAAUGGCCCUCUAUCGCAAGUCGGUGGCUGCUAUGCUGCAGCAGCAUGCUGACCUGUGCAUGAGACUUGUAUGGCGGCGGCCCGGGCGAGAGUGA